ACAGCGAAUACGGCAGACUGCAGACUGGCCGAAGGAGACCGUGUAUGUACCUGUACAUUAAUCUGUCCAACUGCGCUGCCUGCCCGUUCUGCUAUCUAUCGACGGAGGGCAUUAGAUAACCAACCGACUUGACCUAACCUGGAGCAAUAAGGUCAAAUACUCCAUUUUCCGUUGAUAUGAAGGUGAUUUACUCCUACCACAACAACGCGGUGUGUGUGUGCAUGAUGAGCGGCUGAGGAGGAGGAGGAGGAGGAGAAGAAGGAGGCUGCGGUCUGAAACUAGAUUUUAUCCAGGAUAUUUCGAAACAAACGUCGUGUCUUUCACGCAGGGGAGCUGCGUAUUGAUUUAAUAUGUUACUGAAUCGCCUAGACAGCCUCUUUCCAUCACAUUUUUGAGGGGGUUUGACCCGUGUUCUGCCUCCAGAGGGUCCUCCAGCAGCGGGACGUUGAACGUUUUUCCUCCAGAUAUGGAGUGUGAAGAUGCGGAUUACAGAGGAAUCCCCGCCGCUAGUUUAACCGCAUUGGUUUCAUCACACACACCAAUGCGGCGUUGUUUUUGGCAGGAAUAGACCCGAACUAUGAAUUCACAUUUUCACACCAGAGGGAUAAAUCGGUGAUUUUUUUUUGGAGCACGACUGGACUCCCAUUAGGAAACGCGAGAAAGCUACCCCAGCUAGCCCGUUUGUAGUAGCUAUUAGCUCCAUUAGCCGGCUAACUGCUAAAAGGUGCUGGCUGGAGAUUGAAAAAGCUUUUUAAUAAUUCUGAGCAGGUUUUGUCCACGUUUCCCCCCUCAACAUAUUUAUUUACAGGAUUUGGGAGGAUUUACUCAUCCAGGAAUGAGGUCUCGUACGGAAAGGAGCCGCUUGACCUUGUUUUGGGGUCUGAUGCUGGGUCUGUCGUCCUGCCUCCGGCCCGCCACCGCAGAGAUCUGUGGCCCCAGCAUCGACAUCGGGAAUGACAUCAGUGAAUUCAGGCGUCUAGAGAACUGCACAGUGGUGGAGGGCUACCUACAGAUCCUCCUUAUCGGUGACAAAAACAACAACAACAUCAACCAGGAAGUCUUCCGCUCCCUCAGUUUCCCAAAGCUGACCAUGAUCACAGACUACCUGCUGCUAUUCCGGGUGUCCGGCCUGGACAGUCUGAGCACACUCUUUCCCAACCUCACCGUCAUACGAGGACGGAACCUCUUCUACAACUAUGCCCUCGUGAUCUUUGAGAUGACCAGCUUGAAGGACAUUGGCCUGUACAACUUGAGGAACAUCACCCGUGGCGCCAUCCGCAUUGAGAAGAACCCCGAGCUCUGCUACCUGGACUCCAUAGACUGGUCCCUCAUCCUGGACGCAGAGUUCAACAACUACAUUGCCGGGAACAAGCAGUCCAAGGAGUGCAGCGAUGUUUGUCCAGGCAUCAUGGAGAACAACCCUCAGUGCAGAAAGACCAUGUUCAACAACAACUAUAACUACCGCUGCUGGAAUUCCAAUCACUGCCAGAAAGAGUGCCCAGAGAAGUGUGUGCGACGAGCGUGCACAGCGGACGGCGAGUGCUGCCACCCUCAGUGUCUGGGCAGCUGCACAGUCCCUGGUAGUGACACAGCAUGUGCAGCAUGUGUGCAUUAUUACCACCAAGGACGCUGUGUGGCCGACUGCCCUCCCGGCACCUACAAGUUCGAGGGCUGGCGGUGCAUCAGCGCUGAGCUUUGCUCCAAAGUCCACCUCCCCGACUUCAACAGCUUCAUCAUCCACGGCGGCGAGUGCAUGUCUGAAUGUCCACAUGGGUACAUGCAGACCGCACCCAACAGUAUGUUCUGUACAGCCUGUGAUGGCCUGUGUGAUAAAGUAUGUGAGGAGAAGGUCAUUGACUCCAUGGAUGCUGCUCAGUCUCUCAAAGGCUGCACUGUUAUCAAAGGAAACCUGCAUAUCAACAUCCGCAGAGGCCACAACAUCGUGGCAGAGCUGGAGAGUUUCACAGGUUUGAUCCAGAGGGUGACUGGUAACGUGUGGAUCAGACAUUCCCACACUCUGAGCUCCCUGGCCUUCCUCCGCAGCCUCAGAUACAUCGACGGAGAAGAGCUUCUGGACGACAUGUAUGCCUUCUUGGCAGUUGACAACCAGCAGCUCCAGUAUCUUUGGGACUGGAAGCAGCACAACCUCACCAUCAAGGCAGGAAAGCUGUUCUUCAGAGCCAACCCAAAACUGUGCAUGUCCGAGAUCCGUAAGAUGUGGGAGAAGACAGGCAUCCAGGGCCACUUUGAUGAGAGUGAUUUCCGAAACAACGGCGACAGAGCCAGCUGUGAAAGUACAAUCCUGAAGUUUAAGUCCAACAGCACCAGCAGUACAAGGAUCAAACUGACCUGGCAGCGCUACCGGCCCCCCGACUACAGAGACCUCAUCAGCUUUAUUGUCUACUACAAGGAGGCGCCGUACCAGAACAUAACAGAGUUCGAGGGGCAGGACGGCUGUGGCUACAACAGCUGGAAUAUGGUGGAUGUGGAGCUGAGGCCGGACAAAGAGACAGACCCCGGAGUUCUGCUGUCCGGCCUGAAGCCCUGGACGCAGUACGCUAUAUUCGUUAAGGCCAUCACACUCAUGGUGGAGGGCAAACACUUGCCGGGUGCCAAGAGCAAAGUGGUCUACAUCCGCACCAGCCCUUCCGCACCCUCCAUGCCUCAGGAUGUGCGAGCGUACUCUAACUCAUCCACACAGUUGGUGGUGCGUUGGUCACCCCCUGUCUCACCAAAUGGAAACCAAACUUACUAUCUGGUCAGAUGGCAGCAACAAGCAGAAGAUCGAGAGCUGUAUCAGCACAAUUACUGCUCUAAAGAGCUGAAGAUCCCCAUAAGGAUUGCGGCCAUAGGUGUGGGAGACCAGGAAGAGGACACCAAGCCCACUAAGCCAGAUCCUGACGGACCAGACAAAGGCCCCUGUUGCCCCUGCCCCAAAUCAGUGGAGGUUCUGGAAGCUGAAGCUGCUGAUGCCUCCUACAGAAAAGUCUUUGAAAACUUCCUGCACAACUCCAUUUUUACACCAAGGCCACCAGAUCGUCGCCGUAGAGAUCUCUUUGGCAUAGCCAAUGCCACUCACCCCCGCCGGAACCGGCUGCACACCAACAGCAGCAGCAGCAGCAGCAGCAGCAGCAGCACCAUCCCUCCUCUCCUAGCCGCUAGUAACAGCAGCACCUCAGACAUGGAGCCAGCUGACAGAGAGUUUGAGUUCAUAGAGCAAGCGGUGACAGAGCGAGAGCUGCAGAUCUUUGGCCUGCAGCCGUUCACAGUUUACCGCAUCGACAUUCAUGCCUGCAAUCGGCAAGUCCAACGCUGCAGCGCUGCAGAGUUUGUCUUCUCCAGAACCAAGCCUGCAGAAAAGGCAGAUGACAUACCUGGCCCAGUGACCUGGGAGGGCCAUGAGGACUGGGUGUUUCUGCGCUGGCCAGAGCCUCUUCACCCCAACGGACUCAUCCUCAUGUAUGAGAUCAAGUUUAAACUGGCUGCUGAGACCGAGAAGCACGAAUGUGUCUCUGGUCAGAUGUAUCACACACAGCGUGGUGUUCGGCUGUCCAACCUCAGUCCAGGAAACUACUCAGUCAGAGUGAGAGCCACGUCACUGGCUGGCAACGGCUCUUGGACACACGCUCUGGAUCUCUACGUGGCCGAACGAUAUGAAAACGUCCUCUACGCUAUGAUCUUCGUUCCCAUCGUCAUCAUCCUCGUCAUCUGCCUUUUAGUCUCAAUGCUGGUGGUCCUCAGCAGGAAAAGAAACAGUGACCGGCUCGGAAAUGGAGUCCUGUACGCCUCAGUUAACCCAGAGUACUUCAGCGCUGCAGAAAUGUACGUGCCUGAUGAGUGGGAGGUGGCACGGGAGAAGAUCACCCUGAGUCGUGAGCUUGGCCAGGGGUCCUUUGGCAUGGUGUACGAGGGCUUGGCAAAGGGUGUGGUCAAAGACGAACCAGAGACGCGUGUGGCCAUUAAGACUGUCAACGAGUCGGCCAGCAUGAGGGAGAGGAUAGAGUUUCUCAAUGAAGCCUCAGUCAUGAAGGAGUUCAACUGUCACCAUGUGGUUCGUCUCCUGGGAGUGGUUUCUCAGGGACAACCGACCCUGGUCAUCAUGGAGCUGAUGACGAGAGGAGACCUGAAGAGCUACCUUCGCUCCCUCCGACCUAAAGAGCAACAGUGGUCGAGCCUGUCUCUCCCUCCUCUAAAGAAGAUGCUUCAGAUGGCCGGGCAGAUCGCUGACGGCAUGGCUUACCUCAAUGCCAACAAGUUUGUCCACAGAGACCUGGCAGCCAGGAACUGCAUGGUGGCAGAGGACUUCACCGUUAAGAUAGGAGACUUUGGCAUGACCAGAGACAUCUAUGAGACAGAUUACUACCGCAAAGGUGGUAAGGGUUUGCUUCCUGUCCGAUGGAUGUCACCCGAGUCUCUGAAGGACGGAGUCUUCACCACCACCUCUGACGUCUGGUCAUUUGGAGUUGUACUGUGGGAAAUCGCCACUCUGGCAGAACAGCCCUACCAAGGUCUGUCCAAUGAGCAGGUGCUCCGCUUUGUCAUGGAGGGAGGGCUGCUGGAGAAACCACAGAAUUGUCCUGACAUGCUGUUUGAGCUGAUGCGAAUGUGUUGGCAGUACAAUCCUAAGAUGCGUCCAUCCUUCGUGGAGAUCAUCAGCAGCCUAAAGGAUGAGCUGGAACCAGCUUUCAGAGAGGUUAGUUUCUUCUACAGUGCGGACAACAAGCCGCCUGAUACUCCGCAGCUCCACCUGGACAAGAUGGACAACAUGGAUGAUGUUCCUCUGGAGCCCCCCUCUUCCACGCAGCCACAGCAAACCCCAGUCCCCCAACAGACCCCACCCUCCCCGAACUCAGAGGCUCCACCCGCCCCCUCGUUAGCCCCCAGCUCCCCCUCCUCUCCCUCUACGUCGACCGCUGCCAUGGACAAGCAGCCCUCUGGCCAGCAGGCAGCCAAUGGGCUGUCGGGGGCGGGCCUAGCAGCGGGGUCAGGGACGGUGCGGCCGUCUCUGGACGAACUGCCGCCGUACGCACACAUGAACGGAGGACGCAAAAAUGAACGCGCCAUGCCCCUCCCACAGUCCUCUGCCUGCUGAUGGGACAGAGACACCCACCGGACUGCAAACCCUGCCACCUACGUCUCUACAGAACCUGAUGUCUCAGUGGGUGGGAUCUCUUUAAAAUAAAAAAAACACUAACAGCAAAACCAUGUCCACCAGCUGGGUGUGGCUACUCAGUGAGGAGCAAAGACUCACAGGAAGGUAAAGAAAACUGUCACUAAGUCCAUGUUCUGCUGUACCUCCACACACCUUUUUCAUAUUGAUCUAGUUUUGGUUUCUACCAGCUGGCUGUCAGAUGUGACACUGCCCUUGCUGCUGAGUGGGAAGACCAAAAAGAAAACAGAAAGAAAAAGUUGAUUUGAGGGAGACCGCUCUCUCUCUUUAUGGCUGAACUUAUUUUAUAAAUUGUUGUUUGUUACUUUUUUAUACGUAUUUUCAAAAUGGGAAAACAAAAUGUGUAGGCCUUUAUAAAUGAUCGGCGUCGUGGUCGCUUUUGGGCGGGCAUUAUGGUGAAACUGUCAAGCAUAUCUCACGAAGAAGCACUUCAGAGAGGUCAGCAUCUAAGUGGUCGUCCAGUAGUGUUGUUGCUCUGCAGGCUGGGUGUCAGCGUAAUGCCGGGUCAACAGCCAAUCCGCUGAAACAAACAACCAGAGGGAGAGAGGUCAACUCUGCCAAAUUUGUUGCCAAAAUUGUACUUCUUGUCAAAUUCUCUCCUCUGCAACCUGGAUUGAAAAUGGAAGCAAAAAAAGAAUUUUGAUCUGCUCCCACAUUCUUAAAAUGUGUGAUCAAUGGCAUAUUAACUUCCCUCUACAGUCCUACACUAUCCACAGCUGUUGUACUCAGAUGACAUUGUGUGUAACCUUGGUUACAUCAGUUUAUCUGAAAUCGAGCCACAUCCUCUCACAAAGUGCCGUUCCGCUACGGUCUAAACACCAAAUCCAGUCAAUAAAGAAGCAAAAACAAAUAACCUUAAAGCAAGGACUGCGGAGGGAAGCGCAUUAAGGAGAAAAAUCAAAUAUGAACACUAGAUCUACAACGGCGUCGUUGUUGUUGCAUACAAACAGGUACUUUUUUAGACUAGUCAUUAGUCUCCAACAUCUCUACGUGGGCAGAUCAUUUAUGUACGCACCAGUUGUUUGUGUCACUUUUCUAACUUUUAUACAGUUGGAGACAUUCAUCAUGUACAGAAAGAAGCUGCUAUUCCUUAUUUCUCUUGUGGUUGUAAUAUAGUUGAUAUCUAUAUAUAUAUAAAAAGAGAAAAAAACUCCUUCAGGUUGGAUCUAUGAACGUUUCCACUACAGUCCUUUUUUUAAAAAAAAUGCUUGUAAUUGUGUAAAGUGUAUCUGAGCUGGUUUUUGUUUCUGUGUUUGCGUAAAGGUACGACAGUUUGCCUUGUGUUCUGAAACACCGGUAACUUCCCCUCCCAUCUGACUCUAGGACAGUGAUGGUACCAAUGAUCGAUGUUCUGUUCUCUCAGGACGCCUUGGCCUCUGUCCUCUGGGGUCUGUACUGGGACUCCUUUAAAUUUGGUACUCUCGUGGGUGUGGUGCUGCAGGACACAGCAGAACAAGCUUCAGAUAGCUGGUAAAUUAGGCAAAAUAGACUGAAUAAUACACCCGUAAUUUAUGAGGUCAGUUUACUCCAUGUAUAUUAAGUAUACUUACAGAAUAUAUGAUUCAUAUUUUCCUAAUAUUUGUUAAAGUGUGGUCUUCUGUGCGUUUAAUCUUGGUCAGGUUAUUACACAUUUUAUAGGUUACGGUUUGCUAGCUUAUUCAAAACGUGAGGAGAAAGCCCAAUGCAAGCCAACGAGAAGGUGCGUCAGGCACACAGGAUGUACUGCACUGCCACCCAGGUGAAAGAAGGAGUCCUGCUCUAAACUCACACCCAGAGGCUAGAGGUCAGGCAUCACUGCUGAGUCCCAACUAAAUCUCAGGUCAAAGAGAAAAGUGAAAUCCUUCUCUAGUUUUUUUUUUUGUUUUUGUUUUUUUUUGUGCUGUCAUACCCAGAGACAUCCAGCCUGGUGUUUGUGUGUUAACCUCUGUCUGGUUCUGUAUCCCUCUGACUCUGUUAUUUCAUUUUCUUUGAUCAGUAGAAAGAGCAGUGUUUCUUAGAAUGGUCUGAAACCAGAAGAGGGUGUUUCCAGUUUUGGAUGGGUCCUUGCACCAAUGACACUAAAGCCCCACUAAUGACAAAAUGCAAAAUGUAGUCAAAGGUCAUCAGACUUGUCAAAAUAUAACUGAAUACAUCAAUAAGAAAUAUUGUUAGCUAACUAAGAUGGAGCUUUUACUUUCAGUCUGUUGGUAUAUAAAGACAAAAGGCUUUUUGUCUUUAGAUGAAUAGAACUGAUUGGUGAUAUAAGAAAAUAACAUUUUAUAUAUUGUGGUAUACAGUAAUAUUUUUGAUGUAUCUCAAUACUUUGACAACGUUUUGUCAGUUUCGGGGCUCCAAAUGUUUGUGCAAUGUAAGAACUCUGAGUUCAAAGUACAAAUGAAUGCAAAAUAUAAUUGAUUUAAUGUAGCAGUCAGAAUAUCUUAUUUUUCUCAGUGCAACAACCUGUGUGUGGGAUAAUUUCACUUUCUGCAAUCAGCUUCUCUCUUGGAUCAGGGGUGGUUUUCUGUAUGCUGCUGGAGUUAAUCCACAUUAUUUAUCUUUUCUCAACAUAUUAACAUGUUUGUAGACGAUUGCUGAUGUUGAAUUGGCUUGAGAAACGGGCAAAGUGGAAUUAUCCUACAGCUUUAAGAAAAAUAAGAUUUCACAGUUGAGGGUUAAAGGACUUGACAGUAACAAAUGCUCAUGAGGCUCUUCUUCUGAAUGUGUUCUUUUUAUUACAUCUAAAUUCAGCACGACACAAUUGAUGAGAGCGCUAACUGUAACUGGAGAUCCCCGUGCUGAACAUCUGAGCAUCAGACAGACUGCUUUAUUAAGGUUUACUGAAGAAACCCAUGGCACUAAAAUAUGAAGACGAUCCGAGAGGACCGCGUGGAAAGAAAGGUUUGGAUUCCCAGCCCAGAUGUUUCUAGGUUAUUUAUGUUGGGUUUUUUUUUGUGAAGUGUAAAUCACUGUACAAAUUCCCCACACAUUUUUUUCUCCCUCUAAUAUUUUGAUGUUCUUUUGCUAUUUUGGGGGAAGGUUUUGUUUUUUUAUUCCUUCAACCAUCCAUCUACCUCACUUUUUUCUCUUUUUUUUCUAUUUACAUGUACAGAAAAACAAAACAUCUCACCUCUGUGUUCCUGGCUGUAAUGACGAUCAUACUGAGUGCUGUUAAUAUGGUCAAACUCAAACCACAAACCGAACCAUCCUGGAGGGGAGAGGGCACAAAACAUGGUAGUUAAAGUGGACAACUAGGUUCGUGCUGGUAGAUAUUUCUCUUUAUGUGCAGAUAAUCAGCAAAUCUUAAGGUUUUAAUAGCUGCUGGUUUUCUUGGUGUCUGGCAGACUAGAUGCUCUGUUGUUAGAGGAGCUGUUAGAAACAUGGUAGAAGGAAGGAAGUGCAGUGUUCUCCCCCUGUUAUUAAAACCUCCUGACCUCCUGACCUUUCCCUUCUGCCUCACCUCCUCCUCCUGUCCCCCAGGUACUGCUCCUCUUUUCAAACCUACAGUCUGAAGUCAACCCCCACACCGUACCUCUCAUGUAUGGUCAUGACAUUUGAGUCACAUUGCUCUGCAUCUGCUUUUUGAUUCUUGGAAAACCCAACUGGUCAUUUUACAACACUUCUUGCUGUUCUGAAGGUAUUUCCAGAAUGCUCAAAGAUGUUUUCCAAACUGGGAUUGUAUUUUCCUUUGGAAAUCACACAUCUACUUGCUUGCUCUGGAAAACACAAAUAUAACUGAUAGUAAAACUUUGGAUUAGGAAAUAGAGCCACAAUUUGGGUUUAAAGUCCUUUUUUCGUAUGCUGCAGACAGUAUUUUUUAGUCAGGAUGUUCAGAAGAGUCUUUGAGGAUUCUGGAAAAUUUUAGAAACAGCGGUAAAUGUUGUUGGAUGCUUAGCCCUGUGAUUCGAAUGUAAUGGUUAUACAUCGGAAGCACAAACUGGGACUACUGGAAGGUGUCAGUUGUGAUAGAAGAAUCCAUGACAUGUCAUGCUGUCUUUAAGCAGCAAGUGAGUUUCUAACUGGACGAUUUCAGACAUUGAGUCUAAACUCUGGUUGAAGCCAGUGUCUUGACAGGAAUGCUGUAACUGGAUUCUUUGCGACAUUAAGAAUGGAAUUGGAGGCAUAUUGUUUUGGUGCGACGAUUUUCACUACACAUAAAAGGACAUUAAGUGAUAUCUCCUUUUGGCGGGGUCUGCAUGUCCAGUUUGAGACAGUUUACACUGGUUACCUCUCAACAUGUUCCUCAGUUCUUACCGCUUCUUGUUUUUGCUACAGUGAAAUUUAUCCAAAGACAUGCUAAGUGUUCCAGUUUCCCACCCUCUGUUAGAUGAAUUAACUGACAGGUAAUCUGUAUUCCCACAUACUCAGCUGGGCGUCAGUGUUCACUGGAAGCUGUUUGUUCUCUAUAUUACUUCCUCCUCAUGUCUUUACUGCCAUUACAAGACUUUUGACACUGUUCCUUGUGCCUAGACUUGUUGCCAUGGUGAUCAUAAUACCAGUAAAGAAUGCAUCCCUCUCCCUCCCCUUACACGGCCGGUUUGUAGCGUCAGGCUGGGAGUGAUUUUAGCUCCUUUCACCCAGUCCGACCACAGCCGACCAUAUGAGACCAGGAUGCGUACUUCACUGUUUGUGUUCUGAUUUUGGCCUCACUGUUACCACUGGAACACCACAGAGUGGACAUGAAAUCGAACAAAUUUUACUUUUUCCCCUUUUGUGUUACAUUGAUGGCCAAUUUGUUACCAAGAUUUUGAUGUGUGUAAGUUAUUCAUAGCCUUCCAACUCUUGCGUUUCUAUUGAAAUGAUCUGUUAGAUUGAGGUUUCAUUUUGGUUUUCUUUUGUACAUGCUGUUAAAAGAAUUUUUCCUGUUAUCGAUAUAUUCUGAGUACUGGGAAAAAUGAUUGGCUGAAGGAAAAGAGAAUGUCUGUUUCUCUGAUUCUUUUUUUUUAUACACAAGAUUUAAGAUGAAUAAAAAUGUAUG